CAAAAAGCAACAGUGCGCUCCGCUGCACCCGCACAUCCCUCUGCCCGCACAGAUGCCAAACCAGCCAACCGGAGGGAAGAGCGCGCGCCCAGAGGAUUUAUGAUCAUAAUUUCAUAUUAAUGAUUUAAACUCUUUUCCUUUUCUAAUCAAAGAACUCUCCAGGGGAUCAUGGAAGGUUUGGGGAAAGUGUUUUUAGUCCAUCACUGGUUGUCAGUCAUGUUUGACUCCUGCGUAAAGUGGAGCGCAGCGCGCGGGCGCGUAACUGGACUUAUUGGCUGUGUGUGCGCGUGAGAUGAAACACCUCGACCAUGAUUCUGGCUUUGAAUUAAAAAUGGGCGCGAAUAUUCCGGACUCCAACUCCAGCGGCAACUUGACUCCCGCGGUGUCCGAGGCUGGGACCGCGCUCCCGGGCUACCUGGUGGUGAUCCUGUCGGUGCUCAUGGUGGGUCUGGUGGUCGUGGUGGUGGCUGGGAACGCGCUGGUCAUCAUGGCUUUCAUUGUGGAUAAAACCCUGAGGACUCAGAGCAACUACUUCUUCCUGAACCUGGCGAUAUCUGAUUUCCUCGUGGGUGCGUUUUGUAUCCCGGUGUACAUCCCGUACAACCUGACGGGCCGCUGGAUUCUGGGUAAGGGUCUCUGCAAGGUGUGGCUGGUCAUGGACUACCUGCUCUGCACUGCCUCAGUCUUCAACAUCGUCCUCAUCAGUUAUGACCGCUUCCUGUCAGUCACACGAGCAGUGAAAUACAGAGCGCAGAGGAACAUGACCCGCCAGGCUGUGCUCAAGAUGGUGGCCGUGUGGGUGCUCUCCUUCCUCCUCUACGGCCCGGCCAUCAUCUUCUGGGAGGUGGUCAGGGGACACAGUGUCGUCCCGGCUCAUGAGUGCUUCGCUGAGUUUUACUUCACCUGGUACUUCCUGCUCAGUGCCUCUACCUUCGAGUUCUUCACACCCUUUGUGUCUGUGGCUUUCUUCAACCUGAGCAUUUACCUGAACAUCCACCGCAGGAACAAGAGCUUAGGAGCGUUCCCUGAGGAGGACGUGAAGGUGCAGAGGAUCAGUAAGAAGCACAAAGACGGGACGGGCUGGUCCGUGUUUUUUGUGAAGACUCGGAAGGUGUCAUGCAGUGAGCCAGCUGCUAUCUCUCCAGUCAUCGAGGACGAGGAUGUCGUCUCCUCCAGUGGGGACCCGACCACCAGUCAGGUCUUCACUCAGAGGGAGAAGCUGUCUCCCAACAAGAAGAACUCACGGCUGUUUCAGCACUCUGCCUCUUGCAUGGCGCCCGGACGCAGGGCGCAGGGAUCACGCCUUACACGGGACAAAAAGAUUGCCAAAUCUUUGGCCAUCAUUGUGUGUAUCUUUGGGAUCUGCUGGGCUCCGUACACUCUCCUGAUGAUCAUCCGUGCAGCCUGCAGCGGUACAUGUGUGCCACACUACUGGUACGAGAUGACAUUCUGGCUCCUCUGGCUGAACUCGGCCAUCAACCCGUUCCUGUACCCGCUGUGCCACAGCAGCUUCCGAAGGGCUUUCUCCAAAAUACUGUGUCCUAAGAGACAAUCAGUCCAACCUCAGAUCGAGGUCCAGUCCUGCUAGAGGAACUUGAAUGCACUUCCAUGCUUUAUGAAUGCAGUAACUACUGUCGGUCAAACACUGUAAAAACCCAUCAACUGUUCUUCCAUCCAAAUAAUCUAGUUUUCAAAAAGAGGAGAAGUGCUUGAGGGAAAGGUAACUAGAAUAUUUUUAACAUGGGCUCUGGGUUUUAUUAAUUUGACUGACAGGUUAAAAAAGUUUAGAUUCGCUCCAGUAUGUUGUCUCAGCAGAGGUGAAACAGACUGUUAUGGAUCAGAAUCAGAAGUAACCCUGGAGGUCUCAAACGAGGAUGUUGAGAUGUUAGAUGUUAAGUCUACACCUCUGUCUAAGUUUUAAAUAAGUGAGUUAACAUGUGUCGGAGUUAUCUCACUCUUUGGGCUGCUCUUAACGCCAGAUUUUAAAGAGUUUUUUCUACCCCAGACACUUUUUGACAUCACAGACACCGAGAGCUGGCCAAUCAGAGGAGACUGGGCUUGUGUGGAGGCCUGUCCUUAAAGAGACAGUACCUGAAAUCUCUUGUCAGACACCAGAGUGGGAUACAUAAGGAGAUUUUAAAUUUGAACUAUAAAACUUGAAAUUAGUUUAAUAUUGGAGCUCUAUCGUUCAUCCUCUUGAAGGUCAUUUUUUCACAGAUGACAGGCUCAGACUGUUGAUGUUAGGAUCCCUUCACAGACAGUCUUUCUGGUUAAAAAGGGAAGAUGAUUUUUUGAACAACACAGCUGCUAAAUUAUUCUCUGCUAAACCAUCAGACCCCAUUAACAAAGACAGUAAUAGAACCUCCCACAACAAGGGUGUUUUCAGUCCAACGCCUCAUCUCUGCUUAGCCUGCGAAUGUGACUGGUGUCCGUAGAUCCAUAAACAAACAGAUGAUGUCUCUAGUGUCCAACGUUAGGAGGUGCAUUUCUUUAAGCUAAGCUAGCACCAUAGACUGUAUAAAUAAUGGACGUUGUCUCCGUGAUCCAUCUGUUCCUGAAGCCCUGUUCUGAAGCUGAUCGUCGGUGGGUGCUAUAUUGGAAAUUCUUAACUCAACCUAACUUCUGUGGAGCCAGUGUGAGGUAAAGAGGCGGGCCUUUAGCCUCCUCGCUAACAGCUACAGUGCUCCUGCCUGUCAAUAAAGUCAGCCAACUCUUUCUGGAGUUUUCCAGGUAGCAAAACCGGCUUGCUCAAAACCCAGCUUAUCCUGGUUUCUGAAAUCUGAGACGGUGCAAACACCCCCUCUUUUUCUGUGGAGUCAUGUGGCUUUAAGAUGAGCAGUGUAGCAGCUGGUUCUGCUUCUAUCACAAGAAAAGAAAGAAAGAUCGUCUUCUCACAAAAGUUUUGCUCCUUUUUGGGCAACUUAGUUUUCAGGACGUUUGAACUAUAUGAGCCCGUCGGGGACAACACAAGAACUUCACCGGGAUUGUUUUCCACCUGACAGCCGAGGUAAUCCCCUGGAGCAAUGUUGAAACUGUUUAGACCUCUUUGUUGGAACGUGUUAGUUAAAAUGGAGCCCUGGUUUUCAAAUAGCAGAGUUCCUGCUUAAAGUGAAGAUUGUGACUCUACAUCUGACAGCAAUAUGACAAAUGAGAGAGGAAAACACUGCUCUUAAACUUUUCCUGAUAAUAAUAAUGGUUAAACUUUAAUGGCGGGGGAUGCGGAGGCUGGGAGCACCUUUAAGGAGUGUAUAAUUGCACCUUGAUUAUAGCGGAUGUCAGAUAUUUCAGAAUGUAUUCAGAUCUCUGAGAGCGGGACAGUAAGCAGUGAUGUGUUUUUGACUUUCUCAGUCUCUCAUGAGCCAAGCGCUGAGAAACAACGGAGAGAUGUUGAUGACUGUCAUUUAGUCUGUGGUGUUAUUAAGCACAAAGCUGUCGGAGCGUCUGAAGGAAGCACAGUGCAGAGAAACAAUCACUUAAAACACAGGAGCCGUGGGAGUGAAGGAAGGAGUUUAAAAUCUUCAUCACCUCUCUGCCUGCACAUGGAAAUAUUUCACUUUAGACUUUGAAACACAUCGCUGAAGAAGAAGAAAAAGAAGUCAUGCCUGUCGUGGUGCAGCAAUAGGAUGAUCAACGUGGCGUCCUCAGAUUGUGAAGCAUCUGAGGAGGAGAGGAUUGUUUUUAUCUCAUGUUUAUUUAUUUUCUCUUAAAGUGGGCUAUGGGCAACACUGAAUCUGCACUUAAUCUGACACGGUGUCUGUCGACGAUAAAUGUAAAGCACUAUAACAUCAGAGUUUUGUAUAAAAUAUCUAUGCCAAACUAGAUGUUCGUGUCUCGGCUAUGAUGAAUGUGUGUCGGUGUAAGUAGCCAAAGAAAGAAUAAAGAAAAGACUGCCCUCA